AGCCAACAAAGCCCAGACGCCAAAACGCCAAAACGGAACCUGCGAGCGCACUCCCCCGGCCACCACAACUGGCCUCCACCCAGGCGAGGAAAUCCCACGGCUCGGCCGCGGCAACUAACUGACACUGCGUCUGCAGAGGCACCCAGCGUACAGGCACCUGGCCUCUCGGCUGUGGGCGGUGGGCGCCCACGUCCUCUUAUCUCGAGGGCCUUGGUAUGCGAGCUCGGACGUCGAGUGGUGGUGCCCGAGGGAGGGGCCCGCCAGCCCGGGUUGCGACGGCCCGGCGGCUUCGGCUGAUCGAGAUCUGGAACUUCUGGAACAGCACCCGACGCGGGCGGUCAAGAGGAAGUUGACCUGUCUCCGGAUAUCGGGACCUUCUCUAGAUACGGCUGGCCUUUCCUCGGCGCGCCUCCUCUACUCUUUUUUUUUUGUCCUUCCAUAUCGUCUCGUCAAUAAUCGCAUUCCCCACACCCCGAAGGGCGUGACGCCCUAUCUAUUCUAGUCUAGCUGCCCAUCCCCCAUCCAUUCAUGCCAGUCCCUUCCAUACCUUCCAAGCACUCUCGCGGGGGUGCGGUCUCGCACAGAAGAGGUCUUGGCUAUACAGGGCCUGUCUUGGUCCCUCCCCAUUGGCCAAUGAGUCACCUGCCCACAAGCACAAGGAUGUCGUCAAGGGCCGCCCCCUGGCGGGUCUGACUGCACGCUGGCUCCUUUUUAAGCUUCUCAUGUCCAGCCAGCAACGCUUUGUUCGUUCUUCUCCUUUUCCCAUAUCCAUCACUCUGCCCUGUCUGAUUUUUUGCCUAGGUGCAUCUACCUCGUUUCUUGCUUCCUUUUUAUCCAAUCCCUAUAAUAUAAGCACAGUUGGGCUGGGCUUCUCCUACGAACUCGGCGCGCUAUCCUCACCACCUUCGGAGCCUCUUUGUUCAUCUUGCCACCUUGACAUCACUUGAGCAUAUCCAUAUCCGUACCAGGGCGUCAGUACACCAUCCGUGUCUUCCACUGUCGACAGACGGUUAGCCACUUGAAAAGUCGGACAGGGACGAAAGCAUCAACCAUGGCUCCGCCAGCGGCUAUUACCCCCGUGACCCCGGGAACCCCUGUCCCUAACAAGGGCGACCCAGACACAAACUUGACCGCCGUGGCGCUUGAGCACAAACUGGAGCAGGUCAAGGAUGACUCUUCAACAGCAACAUCUGGCGUGCAGGCGCUAGACGCCUCCAAGCUGGUGUACAAGCUCACGGCGAACCCGAGGACGGUGCCGGACCCCGUCGCCGCCGUGGGCGGUAGCGAGACCAUCUGCACGGACCAUAUGAUAACAGCCAACUGGGACGUCAAGACGGGCUGGUCCGCGCCGUCGCUGCAUGCUUACGGACCCCUGAGCCUGAUGCCGACGGCGUCGGUGCUGCACUACGCCACCGAGUGCUUCGAGGGGCUCAAGGUGUACCGGGGCUACGACGGAAAGCUGCGGCUGUUCCGACCCGACCGCAACGCCGAGCGCAUGCUCAUGUCGUCGGUCCGCAUCUCGCUCCCGGCUUUCCCGCCAAAGGCGCUGGAGCAGCUCAUGCUCGCGCUCAUGGCCGUCGACGGGCCCAAAUGGCUGCCCCGCGACCGGCCGGGAACGUUCCUGUACCUCCGGCCGACCAUGAUCGGCACGCAGCCGGCGCUCGGCGUGCAGGCGCCCAGCCAGGCCAUGCUCUACAUCAUCGCCAGUUACAUGCCCGUCAUGGACCAGCCCGCGGGCGGCAUGCGCCUGCACACGUCGCCCGAGGACAUGAUCCGCGCCUGGGUUGGCGGCUUCGGCUACGCAAAGGUGGGCGCCAACUACGGCCCCAGCCUGCUGGCCACGCGCGAGGCCCGCGAUCGCGGGUUCGGUCAGAUCCUCUGGCUUUACGGGCCCGAAGGCUACUGCACCGAGGCCGGCGCCAGCAACUUCUUCGUAGUGUGGCGAGAGCCGGGCUCGUCGGGCCGCCUCCAGCUCGUCACCGCCCCGCUCGACGACCGCCUGAUCCUCGACGGUAUCACGCGCCGCAGCGUCGUCCAGCUGGCCAAGGAGAGAUUAGGCGACGAACUCGACGUGGUUGAGCGCCGCUACACCAUCGACGAGGUCUUUGCCGCCCAGGCCGAGGGCCGGCUGAUGGAGUCGUUUGCCGCUGGCACUGCGUUCUUUGUGAGCCCCGUCUCCCUGAUCCACCACCGCGGCAAGGAUUCACCCAUCUCCAUGGGCGACAAGGGCGAGGGCGGCAAGUACACGCUCCAGCUGAAGCAGUGGCUCAAGGAUAUCAUGUACGGUAACGAGCAGCACGAAUGGGGCGUCGUUGUACACGAGGAGCAGUAAUCAGUCCCGUGCACUCCCCAUCGUUCUUUAUUUCUCGUGAGGGACCCCCGGGGACGACCAAAAGAAGCAAAAGUCGGCAUUUUCACGUAUUGACAGGCGUUUAGAAAAUAUGUCGGGUGUUCCAUGUCCAUGUUGCAUUAAAGCAGCAUCUUUGUUUAUUAUUUUCGCUUGAGCGUUCGUACACCAAAGAUCCGCCCGGAGAGCUCUGGGUAAAAGUUCCAGUCGUUGUCUAGAUCGUUGCUAGCAGCACACCAAAUUCUCCCUUAAAAUCCCCUCAGGCAUGUGUGGUUUUAUGAACAGCAAUAUUCUCGGAAUGGCUCCAGCCAUGUGCGCUCCUUAUCUUGACAAUUCCACAUGGA